AUGGAUUUUAGCACCUCUUCAGUGUUUGAUCAGCACAAAGGUGAUGCAGUAGAAGAAAUUGACCUGACUGUGGUUUACCAAGCAGCAGCUAAUGGUGACAUUAACACUCUGACUGCAGUAAUUCGUGAAGAUCCUUCAAUCUUAGAAUGCUGUGACAGUGAGGGUUGCACGCCUUUGAUGCAUGCCAUUUCAGGACGCCAAGUUGAUACUGUGAAGCUGCUGUUGAAGAUGGGAGCAAACAUUAAUACUCAAGAUGCCUGUGGACGCACAAGUUUAUCUUUGGCAACUUAUCUGGGCUGGCUUGAAUGCUGCAUCAGCUUGCUUAGAAAUGGUGCUAAGCAGAACAUACCUGAUAAAAACGGAAGGUUGCCACUGCAUGCUGCUACUGCGGACCUUGAUGUGAGGCUUCUAACUGUGCUGCUGCAGCAAUCAAAUCUUAGUGAAAUUAAUCAUCAGGACAAUGAGGGAAUGACUGCACUUCACUGGGCUGCUUUCCAUAAUCGGCCCCAACAUGUGCAAAUACUGUUGCAGAAAGGAGCAGAUCUAACUCUGGUGGACAAAGACUUUAAAACAGCUCUUCACUGGGCAGUACAGAGUGGAAACAAGGUUCUGUGUUCCAUCAUCCUGGACCAUCACCAGGGUCCAUCAAUAAUAAACUAUGAUGAUGAAAAUGGCAAGACAUGUAUGCACAUCGCUGCUGCUGCAGGUUAUAGUGAUAUUAUCAGCGAGCUGGCUAAAAUCUCAGAGUGCAACCUGCAGGCCCUUGAUGUGGAUGACAGGACACCUCUGCAUUGGGCUGCAGCAGCAGGGAAAGCAGACUGCGUAAAGACACUGCUACAGUUGGGGAUAGAUAGCAACCCCCGGGACAUCAAUGAAAACACUCCUCUGACAUACGCAAUGUACUGCGGGCACACAUCGUGCAUCAAGCUGCUCUCUCAGGAGCACAGAUUUGAAACAAUUCAUCAAAUUCCCUCACAGAAGAAUAAAAACCUGAAAAAGGAAGGAAAAUUCAGUAUGUUUAACCAAGUUUUCUCCUGCAAAAAAAAGAAAGAUGAUCAGAAAACAAACCAGAAAGACAGAAAUAGAGACCGAUAUCAAAGAGAAGAAACAUCAGAAGUUGAUGAUAUCAUCACCACAUUUGAUUGCAUUAUGGAAACAAACUGCAAAGAUUUCUCUGAGGAAUGUGUGGCCACUGCUGACUUCAAAAGGAGAAGCACAGACACCCAAAAGUACCUCAUGUCAGAGAAGAAGCAGCUGGAGUGUAGUGCACUACCACCAAUCAGAACACAAAGUCUCCCCCCCAUUACAACUGGCAGCUCUUUUUUAACAACUUCUCAGAGUACAACUUCAAGUGUCUCCUUGAGCACUAAUACCUACCAUUUUUCACAUAGGUCUCAGAAAAGUAGAAGUGAACAUGACCUGUUAGAUCACAGAACUGGCUGCCAGACUCUAUUAGACAACCCUUGGAGCACAGAUUCUAACCAAAUACUCUCAUAUAAAGUCUGUACUACAACUCCUUCAGAUAAGAUGAUAAAUGCUUUGAACUCUGAAAGAUCCAACCAUAUGCUUUUGUGUCCUCCUCACUUACCCUCCCUGCCUAGUUCUCCAUCAGGGAAAAGUUUUCAACAGAUGUCCCUAGAACUACCCAAAGUAAAAGACCUUACUCCUGUACGGAACUAUCUAGCUCCCAUACCUGACCACUGUGUUUGGAAAAUCCAGCUACCACCUAAUCAAGUUUCUCAGGGUGUCAAGAAGUCAAAGUCCCUGUCUCUAAACUCUUUAAAGACUGGCGCAGCUAUUCUCCCACCAGCACUUAACUCCAAAUCCCAGAAAGGAGGACUUUCUCAGAGUCACUCGCUGUACUCCUUCUUGCCUGGUCUAUCAGGAGAACCACUAAAAACAAGCCGUGUCCUGCCUGCUAUCCCAAGCCAGAAGAGAUCCAACCUCACAGUAGAAGACCUUAAGAAAUCUCCCAGCAAAUCAGAUGUUGAAAAUUAGCUCAUUAUGCUUGCCUCAGACAUGAAGGCUGAAAUAUUUCUAAGUAUUUUAUUACAUGAUUACAAUACAGUAGAACCUCACUGAUUCACAGCAAUCAAAGGUCUUGUUAACUGCGGUGUUAGCAAACAAAUAAUUAAAAAGAAAGGAUAAUGCAUCAUAAAAGAUACUCUGUAUAUUUUGGUAGAUAUUUGCUACAUAGUUUUAAUUAAUGAUGAGUUUGAGACGACCUUAGUAACAUACUAUAAUCCCUUUUGUGAAAGGAGUCCUAGUAUUAUACAGCUUCCCUCCAGCACUGUGUUUACUAAACGGCGGGUGUAUCUACACAAGGUGCUUACUGCACAGUAGACUAAUCUACUUUGCAGUAAAGUAUCACCGUCUAUAUGUGUGCAGCAUUUAUUGUGCAGUAAAUUAGUUUACUGCAUGGUUGCCAACUACCUGAAAAUACAAGUCAUAGAUUAACCAUGCAGUAACUACCGUGCAGUAGCGCACAUACAGACUGCUGACCCAGAUUGCAGGGGGUGGGGAAACUGUUUCUUCCCAAGGCAACUGCUUCCUAGCCCCAUGCACCAAUCAGCACAUCAGGGCAUGAGCCUGAGAAACAGCAGCUGGGGUGGGGACAUUUUCCUAGCCCCAUGCCCUGGUCUGCAGAUCAGGCUGGGAGGUAGGACAGCUUCUCCCACACCCCUGGAGACUAGGGCCUGAUUCUGGUGCCCAUAGGGCCUGACUCUGGUACCUGGAGCUCCCCCUGGCUGUUGUAGGGGGGCACAGCAGGGCUGAAAUGCCACUGAAAUGCUCCUGUUGGGAACAAAUUUGUUCCCAAUGGGUGCAUGUACAAAUGCCCUGCCCAGGAAAACUUAGUGGGUAUGCCUACGUGUUCAAAUACUGAAGGGUGGGUUUAUUCUAGUGCACCCUGGACAGGCAUCUACACGUGCAGAGAUUCAGGAGCAGAUUUGCUGCUGCUGGCAGCAGUUGCUCCCACCCCCUCCGGCUCUGCACCAGCUGUACACCUGCACAGCUGUCUCCUGGCAGAGGCUGGGAGAUUGCUCCCUGCCCCCAGGAGCCUCCUGCUGCCAGGGUGGGCUCCAAGCUCCCAGCCUGUUCCCAGCCCCAGCUCUGUGAUUGCAGAGUUGGGGCUGGAAAAUAGCUCCGAGCCUGUUCCCAGCCCCAGCUCCAGGAUCACAGUCAUUGACAUUGCACCUGCCGAGGCUUGGGUGGCAGAGCCCAUCAUAGCAGCAGGCAGCUUCUGAGGAGGAACCAAUCUCCCACCUUCUGCUGUACAGCUGGUCUGGGGCAAAUUUGUUCAUGGCUAGCCAUCUACACAUCCCGUACUGUGUAGUAAUUAGCAGUUAAUUUGCUACAAUAGCAAAAACUGUGCAGUAAGGGUUAGCAUAUUUAGAUGAUGUUGCUUACUGCCUGGUAAAUAGCUUUACUGUGCAGUAAAUCAGGGUGAACAUGCCCAGUUCCUAAUAAGUAGGGCUACAUCAAAAUUAGUGAAGGAUAAGCUGGUGAUGUUCUAGUGUAGUUUGCAAGAGCAAAGGCACUGAUUCUGAAAGCUGUGUGUUGCUGGAAAUCAACUUUUUUAAACUAAAAAAUUUCCAAUUCUAAAAUAAUAGUAGUUUCAGCAACUGACCUUUUUUUUUUUUUUUUUUUUUGCUAUCUUCUACAUUGUGAGUUUGUGAUUUCUGUGAUCUCCAUGUGCCAAAAAGUGUAAAACAACAACAAAAAAGAACACUCUUUUCAGGACAAGCUACUCAAAAUAGUUGCUGAUUGCACUGAUUGCUUUAUGUACUUAACACUUUAUAUUCCUCAAUAACAAACCUUGGACUAUGUAUUGUUAUUUUCAUAAAACAAAGAUUGCACUGA